UAGUUCGUACGUAAGACGUCGCGUCUGCGCAGACGCUUGGCGCAGAGGCCUGGCGGAAGCCAAGAUGGCGCGGAAGAGGUCUGCAGGCCGCGCUUGGCGCUUUCUCCGCGUCUGAGUCGAGUUCUUUGAAGGGACUGUGGCAGACGCCCUGCGUGCCGCGAUGGCCCGGCAUCGGAACGUCCGAGGAUAUAACUACGAUGAAGAUUUCGAAGAAGAUGAUUUGUAUGGCCAGUCUGUGGAGGAUGAUUAUUGUAUUUCACCAUCAACAGCUGCUCAGUUUAUUUACUCACGACGUGACAAUCCUGUAGAAGAAUAUGGUUAUGAAGAUCUGAAAGAGUCUUCUAAUUCUCUUUUGAAUCACCAAUUAAGUGAACUUGACCAAGCUCGUCUGUACUCAUGCCUUGAUCACAUGCGAGAGGUGCUGGGAGAUGCUGCGCCUGAUGACGUACUGAUUGAAGCAAUUCUGAAAAACAAGUUUGAUGUCCAGAAGGCUUUGUCAGUGGUUCUGGAACAAGACAAUGUGCAGAACACGAAGGAGAAGAGUGAAAGAGCAGUGUCUGCAGGAAAGGCGUCGAAAGGAGUCUUAUUUUCUUCUAAUGAAGUUUCAGUUGAAAAUUCUUGCCCUCAAUCAGAAAAUCAUUUGGAUAGCAGUAGCAAAUCUUUUGAUUGUUCUAGUGCAAUAGCAAAAUAUGGAUCACAUAAUUCUUCACUUGUGCCAAGUCACUAUUUACUUCAUAGAAAAAAGAAACUUGACAGACCUCAAAGUGAAAAGGAGCUAGAAUCAUGUAAGUUAACAAAGGAGCUGUCCCUGACACCCCUGACUGAUGAUAUGCCAAGAGAUCCUUGUGCACGCCAGCCGUCAGCCAGUCUGUCUUCCACAGUCAGUCUGCCCCCCACAGUCAGUCUGCAGAGUGGGCCUUGUAAGACUCCAGAUGCUCCUGCAUCUGAGCGUGCUCCCGAGGAGGAUUUCACUUUCAAAGGAGUACCAGACUUAAAGUCCUUAAUGAGAGGGAACAUAGCAGCCAGUGGUUCUCUGGGUGUUCAAAGCAGUGUGCUACCUGAUUUUCAAAGCAUGCCAGUGCAGACCAUCUUGGGAAGUUUAAAUAACCCGUUGCACUUACCUGUCUCAUUGGAAAAUAAUUUUAAUCCCAGUAUAAACACCGAAGCUGGACAAAGUACCAAGAAUAAUAUUGUAAAGAAUAACAGUUUACCAUUUUCCCAGUGUGAAAGUCUAUCCCUAGCUGAGCUGGUUGAGGAACACAGAGAAAACAGUCCUAGCCAGUGCUUUGCUUUGUCCGACCUGUGUAACCAGUCAUCUGCUGGCUUGGGAUCCCUUUCCCUGUCACAGCUGGCAAACCGCUCUCCGUCUUCUAAUGAAGUAUCAGAGUUAACAGGAUCCCUGUCAUCGUUGGCAUUUUCCAAAACUUCUCCCACAAGAGACCUGGAGAAUUUGUCCCUUUCUGAUUUGAUUGCAAAAACGAUUGAACUAGACAACUCUCCGAUUAAGAGAGAUUCCUUUGAGCUCAGUUUAUCUGAAUUGAGGAAUCCUGCAAUUGAUUCAAAUAUUGAUCUUAGUGUCCUGAUAAAAACUCCAGAGUUUGUUUCAAAGCCUGUAGUUGACCCAUCAGUUGCUCCAACAGCAGACACUAAAGUUCUAACUUCAAAGUUAGGGAAAAAUUCCAGUUCUACUAAGGAUAGUAAGAAAACUAAAAGAGGCUCCCUUGCUAAGAAAGCACCGUUGUCUCUGGCGUGGACCAAGGCUCUCGCUGCUAGGCCUUCAGCUUUUGCUUCAACGCUGUGUCUUCGUUACCCGCUGAAGAGCUGCAAGAGGCGCACUCUUGACCUCUACAAGACUUUCCUUUAUAGCAGACAAGUUCAAGAUGUGUCCGACAAAGAAAUGAGUCCUCUUGUAGCAAUAACGCCAUUUGACUUCAAAUCAGCAUCCCCGGAUGACAUUGUAAAAGCCAAUCAGAAGAAAGCAUUUGCUAGAGAAUAGUAAUGAGAGGAAAACUCGGUUACUGUUGCAAGCUUUUUAAUCUUAAUGUAAAGUCUCUGUAGGAUCAUUUUCGAUUAUGGGAUCAAAUUGUGAUUUUUAUUAAAAUUGUCUUAAGUCCAUUUUAACAACUUAAGUUGGUAAGGAUUUUUGCACUGAGAGUUUUUUUUUAAAUGAUGUCUUUUUGGAGUAAUGACUGGUUUCAUUUGAAUGCUAGCUCAUAGAGUAUGUUUACAAUGUGUAUAUGGAAACAUUGAAUUGAACCUCAGAUGUUUCAUUUGACAAACAACUUUCUUAAGUUUUAUGAGAUUUUUUUUCUAUGAACUAUUUUGUGCUUUUUUUUCGUAAAUGAAUGUGCAACUACUUGGGCUUAUUGUAUGAAAUUUGUUCUUAGAAUGCAUAGCAUAGUUGAGAUAUGCUUAUAUUUUCAAAUAUUAUUGGCAUCAUUCCUAGUUUUAUUAUUUUUCUUAGGUGACUACUACAACUUUCCUAUUAGAAAUUUUUGAAAUUCUUGAUUUUUGAAAGUACUAUGAAUUAUGGUUGAGGUGUAUUUUUAAUGAUAAGAUAAAAAUCUUUUAAGGGACCAUGUAUAUAUUGCAGCUGAACUAAUACAUAACUUAUUUUUAUACAUUAUAUAUUUUAUAGAUUUUGAAGGCAUCUUCUUUAAAAUAAACAUAUAAAAAGUG